AUGAUCGCCCACCGGCUCGGCCUCGCUGCCGUGCGCAGCGCGACGAAGCCCAAUGUCUUCUUCAGGCAGAACAUCCCGCGCAUGGUCCUCGCCUCUGCCAUGUCAACCUCCCAGGCCCGACCCGUAUCGACCCAGAAGCUCUCCCAGGAGGAAGGCCAGCAAGUCCUCGUCAACCAGCGCCUGAACCGCCCCGUCUCCCCCAACCUGGGCAUCUACAAGAUGGAGCAGACCUGGUUCGGCGCCUCCGCCUGGACUCGUAUCACCGGCUGCGUGCUCUCCGGCGCCGCCUACGUCUACUUCACCGCAUACCUCGCCUCCCCUCUCCUGGGUCUCCACGUCGAGAGCGCCGCGCUUGCAUCCGGCUUCGCUGCCCUGCCCUUCGUCGUCAAGGGCGCCAUCAAGUUCGCUCUGGCUUUCCCCUUCACCUUCCACUUCAUCAACGGCAUCAAGCACCUGGUCUACGACUUGGGUAUUGGAUUCGCUAAGACCCAGAUUAAGAGGGGAGAGGCUGCUCUGUGGAUAUCGAGCUUUCUCGGUGGUGGCUACCUGGCUUUUGGCUUGUAA